CAUUCGAUUUUUAAAAAAAAUUUGUCUGCCACGCCGAGUAAAAACAUUUCUCAAAAAUUCUAAGAGAAGUUUGUAAAAAUGGUUUUGGAUAUUGAAGCAUUCCGUAGUGACAAAGGAGGUGAUCCUGAUAAAGUUCGUAAGAACCAAGAAAAACGUUUUAAAGACUUGAAUUUAGUCGAAACCGUCAUUGCACAAGAUAAGGAAUGGCGUAAUUGUCGGUUUAAGGCUGAUAAUUUCAAUAAACUUAAAAAUGUUUGUAGUAAAGAAAUUGGUGAACGAAUGAAAAAGAAGGAAAAUCCAGGAAGUGACGAUCCUGUGUCCAAUGAACUCAUUGAAAAAUUGGAGAAUCUCAAAAUUGAUGACCUCAAACCUUACACUAUCAAUCAAAUCAAGCAAGUUCGUGCAAAAAUCGACGAAGCCAUUGUUGCGAAUGAAAAACAAUUAAUUCAACUUGAAACAACUCGUAACAGUGCACUUCGAGAGGUUGGAAAUUGGCUUCAUGAAUCGGUUCCGUUGAGCAACGACGAAGACGAAAAUAAAGUUGAGCGUACAUGGGGAGAUUGUGAAGCGAAAGGAAAAUAUUCUCAUGUUGAUUUAAUUGUCAUGAUUGAUGGAAUGAAUGGCGAGAAAGGAGCUGUUGUUAGCGGUGGACGAGGAUAUUUCUUAACCGGCCCAGCAGUUUUCCUAGAACAUGCUUUAAUUCAACAUUCUUUGCAUUUGUUAUUUGAAAAAGGCUACACUCCCCUUUAUACACCUUUUUUUAUGCGUCGUGAAGUAAUGCAAGAAGUAGCGCAGUUGUCACAGUUCGAUGAAGAGUUAUAUAAAGUUAUUGGCAAAGGAUCCGAUAAAGCUGAAGAUGGAGAUGAAAAAUAUUUGAUUGCAACAUCCGAGCAACCGAUAGCUGCUUACCAUCGAGAUGAAUGGAUUGCUGAGAGUGCUUUACCAAUAAAAUAUGCUGGAAUUUCUACAUGUUUCCGUCAAGAAGUUGGAUCGCAUGGACGUGAUACGCGCGGAAUUUUCCGUGUUCAUCAGUUUGAAAAAGUCGAGCAAUUUGUUUUGACAUCUCCACAUGACAAUAAGUCGUGGGAAAUGAUGGAUGAAAUGAUUGGUAAUGCUGAAAACUUCUGUCAAUCACUUGGUAUUCCAUAUCGGGUUGUGAACAUUGUUUCUGGUGCUCUCAACCAUGCUGCAGCUAAGAAGUUAGAUUUAGAAGCAUGGUUUGGUGGAUCUGGUGCAUUUAGGGAACUUGUCUCGUGCAGUAAUUGUUUGGAUUAUCAAGCACGAAGACUUUUAGUUCGUUAUGGACAGUCAAAGAAAAUGAAUGCAAAUGUCGAAUUUGUUCAUAUGUUAAAUGCAACAUUAUGUGCUGCUACAAGAGUAAUUUGCGCUAUUUUAGAGACUCAUCAGACGGAAACAGGUGUCAAGGUCCCGCAAGUACUUCAGAAAUAUAUGCCCGAGAAAUACAAGACAGAAAUUCCUUUUGUAAAGCCAGCACCAAUUGAAGUUGAAGCUGCGUCUAAAAAAGCGAAAAAACAAAAGGAUGCUCAAAAGAAAGACGGAGAAAAUUGGACGAAAAAUUACAAAAAAAUUAUCAAAAUUGAGUAUCUAGCGAUGGAUAGUAUGUCACAAAGUACACCAGCUCAUCAGCUGGUGACUAAGGAGACAGCUCCUUUAAUAAAUAAACCACGAAGUAGUGGAUUUUUUACGGGAUGCUGGCGAAGAUGGUUUGCACCGAGAGAGCUGAAAUCUCGUACUGUGUACAUUGGUGGUCGGUAUCAAAUGGCUGAAAAACAGAAACAUCAAGUGAAAAAUGAAAUUCGUAAUCAGAAAUACAACAUUAUAACGUUUCUUCCUUUGGUACUUUUCGAACAAUUUCGUUUCUUCCUCAACCUCUACUUCCUCAUUAUGGCAUUGUCACAAUUCAUUCCCGACGUCAAAAUCGGCUAUCUUUACACAUACUGGGGACCUCUUUGUUUCGUGCUUCUAGUCACAAUUUUUAGAGAAGCUAUCGAUGAUUUUCGUCGUUAUCAAAGAGAUCGUGAAGUGAAUUCACAAAAAUAUCGCAGACUCAUGCACAAUGGAGGCUUCGAAAGUGUUCCCUCAUCAAAACUGAAAGUUGGUGACAUAAUAAUUGUUGAGAAGGAUGAACGAGUUCCAGCAGAUCUUGUUCUUUUAAGAACUAGUGAUAAAUCGGGUGCUGUCUUUGUUCGAACAGAUCAACUUGACGGUGAAACGGAUUGGAAAUUAAGAUUAGCAGUUCCAGCGACACAAAAACUUCCAAACGAUGCUGAAUUGUUGAACUUAAACGCGAGUGUUUACAUUGAGAAGCCACAACGUGAUAUUCAUUCAUUCAUUGGAACAUUUAGUCAACAAGAAGGAUCAUCAGAAGAAGAGUCUUUGGAUCUUCAGAAUACUCUUUGGGCGAAUACAGUUGUAGCUGCUGGCAGUGCAACUGGAAUUGUCGUCUAUACUGGUAGCGAGACAAGAAGUGUCAUGAAUAACUCCCAGCCACGAUCAAAGAUUGGAUUACUCGAUAUGGAAAUUAAUGGAUUGACAAAAGUUCUUUUUUGUGCUGUUGUUGGACUUGCAUUCGUAAUGAUGUGUUUGAAAGGAUUCAGUGGUCCUUGGUAUCGUUACAUGUUCCGUUUUGUCCUUCUCUUCUCUUAUAUUAUUCCAAUCAGCUUGCGAGUUAAUCUUGACAUGGGAAAAGCAUUUUACUCAUGGCAAAUGCAAAAUGAUCCCGAAGUGACAGGAACUGUUGUUAGAUCGACGACAAUUCCAGAAGAACUUGGACGAAUUUCAUAUCUUCUCACAGAUAAAACUGGAACAUUAACACAAAACGAAAUGGUUUUUAAAAAGAUUCAUCUUGGAACAGUUGCAUAUGGAAACGAUUCGUUUGAACUUGUUGCAUCAACAAUUCAAGCACUCAGCUCGAAUAUCCACAACGAUCAAUCUCCAUCGCCAUCUGGCUCGGUUUUCAGUACGAAUGUAAUGCGACGACCUGAAGGUUGGCGUGUAUGGGAAGCAGUCAAAGCACUUGCACUUUGUCAUAACGUCACACCUGUAUACGAUGAAAAUGAUGCGCAAUCAGUUGCAAAAUCAAUUUCUGUGGAAAUUCAAACAGAGCGAACUUAUCAAGCUUCAUCACCUGACGAAAUUGCUUUAGUAAAAUGGACAGAACAAGUUGGUUUGGCUCUAGUUAAACGUGAUUUAGCAACAAUAACACUUCAAUUGACGGGUGUUGUAAGACAAUCACAAGAUGAUAAUCAAUCAAUCACAACAACUUCAACUGAUAUGAGUGUAAAUGUCGUCGGUUCAUUGUCACAUGAGAAAUUCUUAAAAUUUCAAAUCCUUCAAAUUUUUCCAUUCACAAGUGAAAGUAAACGAAUGGGAAUUAUCGUUCAAGAUACAGUAAAUGGUGAAAUAACAUUUUAUUUGAAAGGCGCUGAUGUUGUUAUGAACACAAUUGUUCAAUAUAAUGAUUGGUUGAAUGAAGAGAGUGGAAAUAUGGCUCGUGAAGGUUUGAGAACGCUGGUCGUUGCAAAGAAGACAUUAACAGUUGAACAAUAUCAUGACUUUGAGUCGAAAUAUAAUGCAGCUCGAUUAAGUAUCACUGAUAGAAUUCAACGUGUUGCAACUGUCAUAGAGUCGCUUGAACGUGAAAUGGAAUUAUUGUGUUUGACAGGUGUUGAAGAUCGCUUACAAGAUCAAGUAAGGCCAACAUUAGAAGUGAUUAGAAACGCUGGUGUAAGAAUUUGGAUGUUGACUGGUGAUAAGCUGGAAACAGCAACAUGCAUUGCUAAAAGUUCACAUCUCGUCGGACGAAAUCAGGGUUUGCAUGUUCUUAAAAGUAUUCAAACUAGAACCGAUGCACAUCUUGAAUUAAAUCAAUUUCGAAGAAAACAAGAUUGCGCACUUGUUGUGUCGGGUGAAAGUCUUGAAGUUUGUCUCCAAUAUUAUCAAUAUGAGUUUAUGGAGCUUGCUACAAGCUGUCCGGCUGUUGUCUGUUGUCGCUGUAGUCCAACACAGAAAGCUGAAGUUGUGCGAUUAAUACAGAAACAUACCGGAAAGCGAACGUGUGCUGUUGGCGAUGGUGGUAACGAUGUCAGUAUGAUUCAACAAUCUGAUGCAGGAAUUGGAAUUGAAGGGCGUGAAGGAAAGCAAGCGUCACUUGCUGGUGAUUUUAGCAUCCCACAAUUCAAAUUCAUUGCUAAACUUCUCUUAGUUCAUGGACGUCGUUCAUAUAAAAGGUCAGCACAAUUGUCACAAUUCGUUAUUCAUCGAGGACUCAUCAUUUCCACCAUGCAAGCGAUUUUCUCAGCCGUUUUUUAUUUGUCAUCAGUUUCACUUUAUCAAGGAUUCUUAAUGGUUGGUUAUGCUACAAUUUACACAAUGUUUCCAGUUUUUUCACUCGUUUUGGAUCAAGAUAUAAAUGAGAAAGUUGCACUCAGAUUUCCUGAACUUUAUAAAGACUUAGCAAAAGGUCGAAGUUUAAGUUAUAAGACUUUCUUCAUGUGGGUCUUAAUAUCAUUGUGUCAGGGCGGAGUGAUAAUGUAUGGAGCUUUAAUACUUUUCGAAGAUGAGUUCAUUCACAUUGUGGCGAUUAGCUUCACAGCAUUGAUUCUUACAGAGCUUAUUAUGGUAGCAUUGACGAUAAGAACAUGGCACAGAUUGAUGGUUUUAGCUGAACUAUUCAGCUUAGCUCUUUAUCUCAUCUCUCUGUUCUUCUUUCGACAAUAUUUUGAUUGGGAAUUCAUUUGGACCACAGAUUUCUUAAGCAAAGUAUCAGCGAUAACAGCAGUUUCCUGUGUGCCGCUUUAUAUCCUCAAAUUCCUUCGUCAAAAGUGUUCACCGCCUUCCUAUGUUAAGCUUUCAUAAGCAUCUUAAUAAUUAACAUGAAAAUAACAUAUUUUUAUUAGACUAUUAACUCAUAAUUGAUCUUUUGUCAUAAGGGAACAAAAUUUUGCGGUUUAUGUUAACAAACAUUAAAAAAAUAUCCCCUAAAAGGGUUUAAAGUUUGAAUUUGAACCCCGGAAGCAAUUUGAAUAUUUCCCCAAGACAAAAUUAAUCGUAAAUUGCAAAACUCCCUUAUUCUAAUUUUUUGUUUAAUCUUUUUUUUAUUUGUUUUACUAAUUAUUAUUUUUCAAUGUGAUAAUAUAUCUGAUGAGAAUGGCAUUCGCCGAUAGACACUAAACUUUUAGAAUGACAUCAAUCAAUUGUAUUCAUUCGUCGUACCAUUCAUUAAUUUAUGUUUCGUGAAUAUUUAAUAAACACAAAAAUUAUUGACAUUCGUUAAUCAUGAAGAGAAGCAAUUUGUCAAUGAAAAGCUGAAUUGUUAUGCCGAUAAUAAAUAUUUACGAAUCGUCCAUUGGGUAAGUUCAUUGGCUUGAUUUCUUUUAUUUAAUAAAAGUUAUACAUAUUGACAAGGCAACGACAUCU